UCGUGUUCGCAAUCGUUUGCCAGCAUUCUCGCGCAUUACGGGAGCGCCCGUAAAGAAAACCGUCUAUGGUCAGUGUUUAAACAACUCGCUUCCUCGCCGUGAUUGUCCAUUUAACGUUUCGGAGCGAGGGGCCGAGUAUGUAGUGCAGAUAGCCGGUGGUGUUGCAGAUGUUGACCAUCGAUUCGUAUAUAAUGCUCGCCACGAGUGCCAUUGUGCCGUGAUCUGAGAUGAUCCAGUGAGCAGUGUUGAUGCCCCAGUUGAUGACCCCCGCCAUUUCGUCGAAUUCAAGUGAAAGAAUAGCGUUCAAGUGGUUCCAGAUGACACCGUUAAGGUGGCGAGUGUGAUAUGUGUCUGCAAAGGGCGAAAUGCUAAGGCCUUCGAAGUGUCGAGACCAGUGAACGAAAUCGAUCUCUAGCUUGUCACUUCUUCUAGAAACUUGUCUGCGUCAACGAAGACAACGACGACGGUGACGACGAAAGUGGCCAACAUCUGGCACGGAACACGGAACCGCGAAUUGGGUUCGCGGCCCUCAAUAAAGCAUAACUCCGAGACUCCGGGUGUGUAGCGUGUUCGUCGUCUCGUCGGCCACGACCAGUCCACAGUGCAGCAGGAAGUUCUGCCCGUUCCUUUCAGCCGUGUUUGUACGUGCCCUUUACGUCCAGUGCAGUUGGUCUUAACCCAACUAGAGUCGUCUAGCCACAGUGAUAACCAUCAAUUAGGGCUAAUGCAAAUUGCGCUCCGCCGCCAACAGCAGUAGCAGCAGCAGCAACAUCAGCAGCAACAUCAGCAGCAACAGCUGCAGCAGCAGCAGCAGCAAUGAUUAAUACCCAGCAAUUACUGACAAACCAUCGGCGACGGUGGGGAUGGUGGCGGUGGGAGGCGACCGGUGCGCUCGUACCCUCGAGGAGACCCAGAAUGGCGCAAGUCGCCGCCCACGUGCCGCCGACGAUGCGACCGGGCACCCGGGCGUCCAUGCUGAUGGUCACCGUGAUGAUACUGCUGAUGCUCGGCAGCGUUGCAAUCGGGCCCGCGCAGGCCUAUCUGGACGACCGGCAGCCGGUGUAUCUGGAGGCAAAGGUCGGUUCGUACGUGGUGCUCGACUGUCCGGUCGACUUCCCCCAGGACGAACCCAUCCCGUACGUGCUGCACUGGAACAAGGAUAACAAACCCGUCUUCACGCUGUACGAUGGUGUGCUGAACACGUACGAGACGUACAUUGGGCGCGUGACGCUGCUGAACAACGACAUCCUGUACGGUAAGGCAUCGCUCAACCUGACGUCGAUUCGCGAAUCCGACAAUGGUUGGUACGAGUGCAAGGUGAUCUUCCCGAACCGCGUCCCGAACAAGCGCAACAAUGGUACCUGGUUCCACAUUUCCGUGCUCGGUGGCACGUUACUGCGCAUUCCGCCCGUCAACCAGACCGUACUGGAGGGUGAUCCGGCUUUCUUCCACUGCACCGUGCAGAACCCGGAGACGAUGUUCGUCGAGUGGUACAAGGACAACGAGUCGCUACUGCAGUACUACGAUCUGAGCCACCGGGCCAUGAUGGGCCCGGACGGUAGCCUCACCAUCAACCCGACCCAGAUGAGCGAUCUCGGUUUCUUCACAUGCGAGGUCCGCAACUCGGCCAAUGACACCCAGUCGGCCAGCGCCUACUUGAACGUCCAGUAUAAGGCCAAAGUGGUGUAUGCACCGAAGGAGGUGUACAUUCCGUACGGGGAGUCGGCCGUGUUGGACUGCCAUUUCCGGUCUAAUCCGCCGCUUAAGAAUCUGCGCUGGGAGAAGGAUGGUUUCCUGUUCGAUCCCUACAACGUACAGGGAGUGUUUUAUAAUCGUAACGGAAGCCUUCAGUUUGACAAGGUCGACGAUUCCCACGCCGGACGGUACUCGUGCACGCCCUACAACGAUCUCGGCAGCGAUGGACCGUCGCCCAUCAUCAACGUGAUCGUACAGCGGCCACCACACUUUACGCUCAAACCGAAACUCGUGUACGUCACCAAGAUCGGUGGUACGGUCGAGAUGCACUGCGAUGCACGCGAUCGCGACGGUUAUCACGUGCCGCUUAUCAACUGGGUUAAGAAAGAUGGAAGUCUGCUACCACACGGAAGACACGAAGUGAACGGUGGUAACCUGACGAUCGUCGAUAUCGUCGAAGCGGAUCGCGGGAUCUACGGAUGUCAGGCAACGAACGAGGCUGCGACCAUAACGGCCGAUGCGGAGAUCAUGAUCGAGAACGUGUCGCCGCGGGCACCGUACAAUCUGACCGGUAACAGCACCGAUACGGCCAUCACGAUACGCUGGGCACCGGGCUACAUCCGCCAGUACCUGGACUACAUCAUCUGGUAUCGGUUGGCCGAUGCGCCCGAGUGGCGUACGCUUAAGGUCAGCAACAAACACGUGCUCGAGGCGACCAUCACUAACUUGCAACCGGCUCGGGAGUACGAAUUUAUGGUACUGUGCCAAGAUAACUACGGUGACGGCAUGUUCAGCAAGGCCUUCCGUUACUUCACCAAGCCAACCGAAUUCGAACAACCGGAGAAUGGGCUACAGGAUGCACUGCUCCAGUUCAGCCAGAUCGGCUCACCGAGAAACUUCCUCGUACGCAAGGAACAGGACAACUUCGUGGCACACUGGGAACCACCGGAGCUGGGAUUGGAUCAGCUGCGGUACUACAUCCUGCGCUGGUGGAUCGAACCACAACACAAGCUUUACGGUAGCGUGGAAACAUCCGGAACGCACUACGUUCUGGAAAACCUAACCGAAGACGAGAUGUACACGUUCCAGGUGUUUGCCCUCUCGACCACAAACUACACGAGCGGUAGCAACGAGUUCGAGAUGUACGUCUAUCCGUAUCGACGCGUCAAGAUGAUGACGGUGAGCGGUGUCCUGAUACUGCUCUUCUGCCUGGCGGUGAUUAGCAUCCUGCUCUACAUGAAGCGCAACCGAAUCCGGAAGCUGCGUGAGGCGGAAAAUGUGAAAAUAUGAUUCCCCUUCUCCGGUCGGCGUUGGCCACCAUCAUACCCGGUUAUCCGUUCGAAAGAACUAUCACCAAUCACGGAGUCAUCACGGUGUCAGCGCGUUACACUGUGCGUUCGUUCCAAACUAUCAAAUUGUUUCAGUUAUCGAGCUGCCAACAAUGUGCUGCCUGCUUCCAUUCCACGUUACUCGAGCUCGGUUUAGCACUCAUCAUCUUCGUCGACGGUAGAGGCGUCGUUUAAUCGUCGGUCGAGCAAUAGUCAUACCUUCCAGAGCUGGAGAUGGGAACGGCGAAGAACGAUGGGUGAUGUCUGCGGGUAGUAUUAAUGAAGGAAUCAUUUGCUAGAUUUAAUGCUAUCGUAAGCUAUCGUGAAGUAGUUAUGUAGCUUGUAGAGAGGACGGCUGGCUGGCGGAAUCCAGCGCGUCCCCAAACGAACCGUUGCUUAUCGCUAACAAAUAAACGAUUCACCAUUCCACACAUUC